AUGCCAUCUGAAGACCAGCCGCCAGGCCGGUCGCCAUUAGCGUCCUUCUCGCCUGACCCACUCGAUAAGGCAUCGUUUUCACCAUCUAACGAAUCCAGAAUACGUUCCUAUACCCUCGACAGCCUCAACAUCAGCUCCAUAGAAAGCUCCAAAGGACCCCACCAGAGGUUAGAAAACUUCCGUCAGAAAAAUUCACCCGAGCAAAACGUGGAAGCUGCAUCCUGGACUUUCACUGAAAUUCUCCAAAAUUUGUCUGUUCGCGAGAAAGACGAUGUUUACUUGGUGAUAACCAAGUGUAACCAGCUAGUGGAGCUUCUCCAAGACACCCCUUCGUUAAAACAUGAUAUGGCCAUAGAUAUGGUCGUGAAUAGAAUUCAGUUCAUGUUCUACCACCCGGCCCCACAACUACGGUGUGCCGCUUACAGAGUGCUCCGCUACUCUAUAGCCUCUCUGGACUCAAUCUUGUUAAUGGUCCAGCUGAAAAUCCUAAUAUCCAUUAUCGUGUCCCUCUCAGUCCCCUGUCCGCUACUAGAAAAACAGGAGGCCCUCAAAUUGAUCCGUGAGUUUCUCAAUGUGUCUGAUGGCGCCAACUUUAUCUCGGUAGGUGUGAUCAAGGCAUUGGUAGCGAUAAUCGAGCACGACAGCGAGGAAGACGGGAAUAUUAACGCAGGAGCCCCAGUACCACAAAAUGAUCAGUUUGCUAUACCCACUUCAUUCACUAAAUUAUGCAUCGAGACAAUCUGCGAAAUAGCUGUGCUCAAACCUCACAUCGUCUUCCAUGGUGGUGGCCUCCGUUUAAUGAUGUCUCUCAUUAUCAAUGGUGCUUCAGAUAUCGCUACUUCAUGUCUCGUGGUAUUUAUGUCAAUCCUAGACAAACCAGAGGCUAGACUAUUCCUUCGAAACGGCUUAGAUCUAACAUCGCUCACCUCAGUGUAUUCACUCGUGGAUGAGGACGACGAAAGUAAGCUGUCCAACAGCCGAAAGUUUUAUAACAGAGCACUCAAAGUUACAUUCCUUAUAUCGGUCUUUCUCAAGUGUUGGACCGGCAUCAUAUGCUUUUCUCAUAACAAUUUCGAGGCCAUUCGAAUAAUCAUAUCCAAGCUCAAGGGAAAGAGUAACAAGGUUCGCAACAUCAUUAUGGAUUUGUUGCUCGAUGUGCUCCGAAUUCAGGCACUUCCAUGGCUUGAGGACUCCUCCAUUUUUGAUCUAAUCACUAGCAUGCAUGUAUUCUUGAGCCCUGGCGGUGAAUUGGUCGACGAACUUGACCAUCAGUAUUUGGAUAUACCGCCAAAUAGCUUCGAGAAAACUGUCAUUUCACAUUACCAAGGCUUGAUACUCCAGGUUCUCCUCAGUUGCGGUGUCGUUCCCUUGAUUUUUGACAUCAUUGAUAAAAACAACGACGAGAGUGUAUCAUCGAAAGCUACGUUUCUCUUGACAAACAUUCUCAGAUUAUCAAUGGAGUUAUUACCGAGGGAAUUUGUUCAGGAACAACUUUCGGAGGCCUACAAAAAAUCCCUUUCUUUAACGUCAAUCUACAAAAUCGAAAGUGCGGCGAAAGAGCAGAUGAAAACCGUUAUGACUGAGAGAAAGCGAGGUGAAGUCAAAUCUCAUGUUAAAGAUAUGAUCAUCCAAAAUCGGGUGAAAAUGGAUGAUGCUACACUCAAAACCCUUAUUUCAAGAACAAGGAUACUAAAUCUGAAAGAUUUCGAGGACUGGGACUGGGCACAAAUGUCACAUCUUUGUCAGGGACCGCUUAGAGACCAGAAGAGAUUUUUUGACAUCCAGGAAAAGUAUCCCAAGGUUUUGAGAUAUCUCAUGUCCUUUUUUAGACCUUUCAAGUAUCGUUUCAGUCGAGCACCUCUUCGUCCUGACGACAGCUACAAACUUAAGCACCCAAAACGCGUAAUUCUUGUUGGCUGUCAACUCAUCGAGGCAUUGCUCCACCAUGAAGCUGGAUUCGAGUACCUAGCGUCCAACAAGCUCAUGCCUCAGUUAGCGGAAAUUUUCGCUCAAGUGAGUCCUAAUAGCGGUAUCAAGGCCGAAGAGCCAAUUUUGUCCACCAAGAAGCUCGAAACAACUCUCAGUAUCGGCUACGUCAAGUUUGUUGGCGUGCUUUCUGCUAGCAAUAAGGGUCUAAUGAUCCUAGAAGAAUGGCAGUUUUUCCAGCUCAUAAGCGACAUCAUCGAUGGUAAUGCUGAGAGUAACUCAAACGUGCAUCUCCUUUUCAAUUUGUUGAACAACCUUAAUUUUGUUUUAGACAGCCCGUUGAGAAUACUUCUUUCAAAGGUCCUAACGAUAUCCAACGAAGGUACAAAGUUGUUCACACUCGAAAAUGUGAUUCCAAAGCUUCUCAAGGUAGAAGGUUGCCACGACUAUGUGAUUCGGAGUCUUGCAAAUCUUUUAUAUGACGAAAGUAAGGCUGUUGUCGCACUUGUGGUAUCGUAUCUUUAUGACUAUUAUGUGGUCAAGGGAAACAUAUCUCGCAUCAAUUUAUUCAUCGAUAUGAGACCUUCCACAUUAGUAUUGUCAAGACAUUCGAAAGGUAAAGAGCUUCUUUUGUUGUUUUGCACUACCACUACAGGAUUUAGAUUGCUACAUGAAAACGGUCUCAUUCAACGUCACCUCCUUUUGACGACCCGAAGCUUGCAGAGCUUCGAAUACUUGGAAAAUAUCGAGGGAACCUUGAAAAUGUACCUUUACCCAUUCUCAAGCAUACUUCAGCGUGUCAGGAACACGCGAGACAUCAACUGCCAUCAUUUCUUCUAUUACCUACUCAGUACUGAAGAGGGCUUCAUUUAUUUCAACAGCCAAAGAGCUCUUCUCGACGACAUAAUCAACAAAACGUUCUUCAUUGUUCAAAAACUCCGUUUGAUUGAAGAUCAACCUGUGACCACCAAGGCGCCCGACUUCCUUUAUUCUCAAACCAGACCUGCAGCUGUUGAAUCAAGUAGCAGCAAAACAAAUAGUAUCGGGAGCGACGAGAGCGACGAUCUGUAUAAGUUAGACUCACCGAACAGAUUGCAUGCCCGAAGCGACUUGUCCUUCGCUCAUACGAAGGAGACAUUGUCUGAAACGCUAAACAUCAAAACUGCAGAGGAUGAGGAAGAGUACAUGUUGAUGAGACUCAAACAAUACCUUUGGAUACUUGGAGAGAUUGCAUCGUCCAAGUAUGGUAUUCAAAUUCUAGACCCCUCUACAAUCCAGUAUGAGGAGUGA